GAUGGGUGAUGAACGAGCUGCAGCUAUCAGGCCCUCAGAGAAAAGCCGUUGAUCGUGGCUUGGGGUGAUGCCCAACCUGCAUUUUCAACUUGAAUCCACCCAAGGAUUAUGGGGAGGAGGAGGGGGAUGACCCAAAAAGGCGGAAGCCAAGCGUUGCUUCGUAUGGAGUGCAACUGCACACAGAAAAACCACGUACAUGUGUCAGCUGGGAUAUUGAUAUUUAUUUCUCCUUACGUACUUGCAUAUUUAUGCACAAUGACGAAGGAAAUGCAGGGAGAAUGAUUCGAAUCUCAUGCAAGUCACAGUUAUUAAUAAUCCAGCUGCAGCCAGAAUUGUGGAAGAUGAGAAAAGAAAAGAAGAGGAUGAAGAAAAACAAACGCGACCUCUACCCUGCCCUACUGAUGCGCAUCGCUGAGCCAAAUGAAUAAGCUUAAAAAGACAUUUUCUGUUUGUCUUCUUUGCUUAGGCCUGGCUCUGUGUAGUCUUAACCAAUUCCAACAAUGCAUCCUGCCGCCCCCCGGUGCUGACGACGACCGGGAACCGGUGCCUUUACUCUCAUCCGGCGCUGAUGACAUGGCAGUGGCAUCAUUUGUCAAGACAAGGCUUGGUACCGUACGCUGUGAUUUCCGGGGGACACGAAUUGCCAGGGGGGUGUGGGAUGGAAGGACAAGAAUUGCUAGCAAAGAAAUGGCUCGAAAGGGAAAGAAAAAGCAUGAAACCAGAGUGACUCUUGAGUCUGGCUGGCAAACCUCAAAUCUCCAACCACCGCUGGCGCUACGGCGUGCCUCGUCGGGCGCAUCAUCGUAUUAAGAGAACAAGAUAUACGCGCAGAGGAAAGUGUACACGUUCCCUGUUCCAUAUAUAGAGGGACAGCGUUAGAUGUAUAACCUGCAAACUGGUUCUCGGAACCCGCAUGGGCGUCAAGGCAAAACAAGGCUGAGGGCAAAGCGAAGCAAAACGAAAAAAAAAGAAAGUAAGGAAGAAGCGGCAAAAAAAAAGGCCCUCUCGCACGCCCAGGGAGAUGAGAGGAACAGUUCUAGCCUCGCUGGCCCUUUGCGAUCCGUCAGCCUCGGUAUAAACAAAGAACGCUUCUAGAUCUUGCAAGAGAUCUUCCUCCACCCUUACUCCCUACCUUUUGUCUAACCUGCCUUAUAUUUGAAUGGGAACCAAACUAAAACUGAUAUCGAAAGCGCCAGAAAGAUGAGAAAGACGCAAGUCUGGACCCUGUUGCCGAUGGAUCCGCCGUUUUCUCGUACUUUUCUUUUCCCUUCCUCACGCCUUCGCUCCUUUGCCAGACGGGCCCGACGCUAAUUUGAUGACAGUGAAAGGACGGUCCAAUUGCGAGCGAAGAUCGGGACAGGCCAGCGCCAGCGCCGUUAAAAAAGAUGACCCAGUCGACCGUUUUUUCUUUUCUUUUUCCUUUCCUUUCCUUUUUUUUUCUUUUCAAUUAAAAACAGGGUAAUCUUACUUUGAUCCCACUUCUUGAAAUUGAGACCAGACCUAUUAAUUUCCGUGAAUAAAGGGCGGGUGGACAUUGAGUCGUUCGAGUCGGAACAGCGGGCGAAGAAGCAGACGACUUCCUGGCAUGCAACGAGCCUGUAACAGCGCCAGGAAUCAGGAGCACGGAGGAUAUAGAUCUGGAUAUGCGACGGGUUCACAAGGUAGGGCCGGACAGUUGCUGAGCCUAUAUCGGAGAAGCGUUAAGCAUGGCAGCAGACUCGACCCAGGCGUCACAAAAAACCUGUUUGGGUGGAAUCGCCGGCUGUUUCAGGAGGACGACGGGACCUUGUUGAUGCCUGACAUCGCCAGCAGCGCAUCCAUGUGGCUGAUAUACUUAUGGGGCGGGGAGGUGACUCUGGAGCGAGCAAGAGGGGUGUAUGUAAGCGAGGGAGACGUUGGCUGCUGGUUGAAAUCCUAUGGAGUAGUAUCAAAGGUAGGGUAAGAAAGACGGUGUGAAAGGGCUGUGCAAAGGGCGGUGUCAGCGACUGCCUCCCUCCGCUUCCACUGUCUUCUCUUCUGCGUCCACUGCAGCCCAGCAGUUAAACUAACUAGUAGUUUAUCUUGUUGGUGACGGCCGGCUAGUUGGUUGGUUGGCUGGUGAUGGUGACGGCGAUGUUCAAAUUACUAUUCAGUUAUACAGCAACAUCCUACAUCCACUACCCCCUUUUUUUCUUCUUUCUCCUGCGAAUGUGAUGCCGGGCGUACUCCGUCCCGUAUCAGGUUGGGCAUAGCGCAGACUGUGAAAAAAAAAGAGGAGGGAUAUCGUCUUUAUCCUACGGAACCAGACGGGGUUUGUUGGAAUGCAGAGAUUGGUGGAAUGUGACAGGCAGGACAUGGCAGCCAGCCAGCGACAGCACCAGGCAAGCUUUUUGUCUCUUCCCGCCAGCAUGUAAGCAUGUUUAGAGAGCAUCACGGACGGUACUAAGCCGUGACUGGGCCAGGGAAAGAGAUAAAAAGGGCCGGGGAUGCUCUCCUUUUUUGCCUCUUC